AUGGCAACACAAUCAGCUCUCCUCAUUGGAGAAAUCACACACGCGCGCAAGGAGUGGGAGAGCAUCUCAUCUCUGUUGACAUUGAAGGAAUUCCCCAGCGGAACCAGAGAAGAGUUCAUUGCAAACUGCAAGGCUGGCAAGUAUGAUGAUGUAGUCGCGCUCUAUCGGUCCAACACCUCUACCAAGUAUACCGGUCCGUUCAAUGCAGAGAUGCUCGCGAUCUUGCCUAAAUCCCUCAAGUACAUUUGUCACAACGGCGCGGGAUACGACAACAUUGACGUCGCCGCAUGCUCGGAGAAGAACAUCGCCGUGUCCAGCACUCCAGUGGCUGUCAACAAUGCGACAGCCGACGUGGGCAUUUUCCUGAUGAUCGGCGCUCUGCGCCAGGCUCAUGUGCCCAUUACUGCUCUCCGGGAAGGUAAGUGGCUCUACAUUAGAGCGGAACAAUCUUCUGUCGAUGACCAGGAACUAAACAUAAUCCCAAUGACAACAGGAAAGUGGCAAGGUCCGAUCACCGCAGGAGGAAAGGAGCACAGAACCACCCUGGGACACGACCCCAAGGACAAGGUCCUCGGAAUUCUGGGCAUGGGAGGCAUUGGACGGGAAAUGGCAAUCCGUGCCAAGGCCUUCGGGAUGAAGAUUCAAUACCACAACCGGUCCCGUCUACCGGCCGAGCUGGAAGUCGGCGCUACAUACGUCUCGUUUGACGAGUUGCUCGCCAAUGCGGACGUGCUCAGCUUGAACUUGGCCUUGAACGCAUCCACGCGCCACAUCAUUGGUGCGACCGAGUUCACCAAGAUGAAGGAUGGCGUGGUGAUUGUCAACACGGCGCGCGGGGCGCUGAUUGAUGAGAAGGCGUUAGUCGCGGCGCUUGACUCUGGAAAGGUGCGCUCUGCUGGUCUGGAUGUGUAUGAGUGCGAGCCGGAAAUUGAGCCCGGGCUUGUUAGCAACCCUAAUGUUAUGUUGCUGCCGCAUAUUGGCACGGCGACUUAUGAGACUCAGAAGGAGAUGGAAAUCCUGGUACUUGAUAACCUUCGAUCUGCUGUUGAGAAGGGCGAGCUUAUUACGCAGGUGCCAGAGCAGAAGAAAUAG